AUGAGUAGAAGAGUUAAACUAGAGCAUAAACAGAUCAAAUUAUUAUCCAAUGAUCAAAGGUCAGCCUCCUUCGAUGAGGAAGCUCUAUCUAUGAACAAAAUGCGUAAAAAUAUAACUCAAAAAUUGGAUACAACUUUGGUUAAAAAUGUACCAAGUAAAGCAGCCCGUUCAAAAUCAACAAAUAAUGUGACCAGUGAGUCCCUGCAAACCAAAAAAUUACAACAUAUUUUACAAUUAAAUUCAGACGAUGAAACAAUAUUGAAUAUCAAUAAAGCUUUAAGCAGAUCACGUAAAGUGCUAGUAUUGACGGGGGCUGGUAUAUCAUGUAAUGCGGGGAUCCCUGAUUUCAGAUCUUCUGAUGGUCUUUAUAACUUAGUGAAGAAAGAACAUCCAAAUGUAUCUCUGGGUUCAGGUAAAGAAAUGUUUGAUAUUUCUUUGUUUAGAGAUGAAUUGAAAAUAUCUGUAUGGGCUACAUUUAUGGAAAAAUUAUAUUCUAGUUGUAGAUUGGCUAAACCAACAAAGACACAUAAAUUUAUUGCUCAUUUAAAAGAUAGAGGUAAAUUAUUACGUUGUUAUACACAAAAUAUUGAUGGACUUGAAGAGACUCUAGGUUUAGAACUAUCGAGUGAACAACCUGUACAAGAGGAUUCGUUGAAAAAAGAAAAUUUACAAAAAUCUCUAAUUCGUAGUAAUUCAUGUACUGCAUUCAGUAAUGCAAAAUGGAGAAAUUAUGAUGUGGUUCAAUUACAUGGUGAUUUAAAUAAAUUAUCAUGUACUAGAUGUUUCCAUGUUUUCAAUUGGAACAGAUAUUGGGCUAGAUCCUUUAGAAGAGGAGAGUUGCCAGUUUGUCCUCAUUGUGAAGCUAUUCAAUUAAGAAGAUCUCAACAAGGUAAACGUGUUGUUGAUCAUCACGGUAUGUUGAGACCAAAUAUUGUUUUAUAUGGUGAAAAUCAUCCCUCUGGUGAUAUUAUAUCGCAAGGUUUAAACCUUGAUAUUUUGAGGGGUAAACCAGAUUUCUUUAUUAUUAUGGGGACAAGCUUAAAAGUCGAUGGUGUCAAAAAAGUUGUGAAACAAAUGAGCAAACAAGUCCAUGAACGUGGUGGUUUGGUUAUUCUUGUUAAUAAGUCUAGUGUUGGCGAUUCUACAUGGAAUGGUUGUAUCGAUUAUCAAAUCUGGGAAGAUUGUGAUGAGUGGGUCACAUUUUUGAAUAAUCAAGAACCUGAUUUCUUUAAAUCACAAAAGGAAGUCAAUAAAUUAAGGCAAUUAAAGAGAGAAGCAAGCGAAUUAAGAAAACAAAAAUUAUUAGAAACGAGAAAACAGAUAGAACAACAAAGUUUGAGUACACCUCCAACGACCCCAACCAGGGAAGAGAAAAACUUGAGAAUUUUGCAAGCUGGUCUUUCUGGUUCAUCGUCCUCCGAGGGAGAAGAAAGUGAUUCUAUGAAACGUGCAUCUCUUCAAAGUCUGAAAAGAAAAUUAUUACCUCCAACUAAUAAAAUGGCAAAGAAUAAAAAAGCCAAACUCCAACUUAAGGAGGUUAUUGUUAGCGAUGGUGAAAGUGAUGAUGAUCAGGUGAUGAAACUAAACGCAGAAUUUUAUUUUAAAAAAGAAAAUAAUACACUUACGACAUCAUCAUAA